AUGUCCGCCCCCGGCGACGGGAGCGCCAUGCCCGCGCCGCCGCCCAAGCCGCGCCUCAAAAUCAACGUCAGCCGCUCCUCAUCCUUUGCCGCCGCCUCCGACCCGUCCGUCGCGACUCCCGGCCCGACAAACGGCACAGCAGCAUCCGCCGCCGCGGGAGCAGGUUCGCAGCAGACGCCCGCCUCCGCCACUCCUACCGACGGCGCCGGCCCGCGCAAGGUCAAGCUCAAGAUCAACUCGUCGCAGCCCCCGACACCCUCCCUAGACAAGGACAAGGCCCCGCCGCCACCGCCAGCGGCGGCUCCUGCUCCCAUCAUCAAGACAAAGGCCGGCCGCCAGCCCAAGCCGACUCAGAAGCUCGUCGAGAGCAAGAAGCGAACGCACGACGAUGACGAGGACCUGCCGCUGGCCAUCUCCGCGGGCGGGCCCCCGACCACCAAGAUCAAGAUCCGCCAGUCCAUCGGCGCCUCCAAGGCUGGGCCGACUCAGGUAGUGCUCAAGCCGCGCGGGCGUCCGCCGCUUCACCCGCCUGGCGACGGAUACGACUCCGAGGCCAGCGACAGAGAGAUCGACCCGGCCAUCGAGGAGCAGUUCAUCAUGCGCCUGCCCCCGGGCGAGCACUGCGAGUACGUGCGCUGGUGCGUGGAGAACGGCAAGAUUGGCGUCCCGCGCAGCCAGGGCGGCGCCGACAUGUCCUUCAAAUUCUUCGACGAGGAGUCGCGCCGCGCCGUCGUCACCGUCAAGGGGCAGCACUUUGCCGCCGUCAUGGUCGACCUGCCCACCAUCACCGAAGCCAUGAAGACCUGGGACAAGAAGUCCUUUAUGAAGUCGGCCGACAUCUGCCAGAUGCUGCUCGUCUUCCAGAUGGUCAAGGACGUGGCCGAGGCCAAGACGGCUCCGCUGCCUCCCAUGAUCGACCCCAACUUCAAGUGGCCCCACGGACUCACCCCUCCCAUGCACGACUGCAUCAACCGCCGCUUCGCAAAGACAAUCAGCCGCAAGGAGAUUGAGGACAAGGAGGCCGAGGUCGAGAGGCUCCUCGCCGAGGACGCCAAGGCCGUGUCCACCAAAUGGGAAUGGGUCGACGAGCGCCAGCGCGAAGGCGAAGAGGACUACGGCGCCGACGAGGACGCCGAGGGCGAGGUCGACGACUCUGCCGCCAUGGGCUACUUUGGCGCCCAGGACGGCGUCGUCGUCGCCGACGGCGCCAUCAACGAAGACGAUCUCGAGGCUGACCUGGAGGCCGCCUUUGCCGACGACGACUUCGCGGCCGAGACGCCCGCCACUGGCGUCGACAUGACCACCCCCAUGACCACGCAGGUCGAGACCCCCGCCGCGGCCCUGCACGAGAGCAUCGAAAACGACGAGUCGGAGGAGGACGAGGACGACGAUGACGACGACGAUGAUGAUGAUGACGACGAGGACCUCGACGAGGACCAGCGCGCCCAGCGCGACGAGAUGCAGGGCGUGCGCGACAUCAUCCACGACAUGCAGAAGCAGCUCGCCCGCCGCAUGGAGGACCUCGGCAAGACCCACAACAAGAUUCUCCGCAGCCGCCUCGAGAACCAGAUCAAGCAGCUGAGGUCCGAGAUUGACCUCAAGAAAUCGUCCAUUGGCAUGGAGAUCGACGACUAG